GUGUGUGGACAGUAGGAUAUAUAAGCAGUGGAAGUGACAGUGACAGUAGAUUAGAGCGAUGGCGUGGAUUCAGCUUCUGCUCUUCUCUUUUCUCUCCUUCACUCCUCUCACUACACUGUCUCACAGUGGAUCUGAAGAUGAACCUGAGAGUCCAUUUAAAAGUAUUUGUGAGGGCGUUCGCACGGAGCUGAGCAACUGCAAUGAGAGACUGCUGGAGAAAACGGAGUACAGCUUUAACAUCGAGAAAGAUAUGUUUGCUCUGAAGGAGCAGCUGAGGGAGAUCAGAAUCUUGUGUAUAAACGCCUCUCAGGCGUCCGCAAUUCAGAUCGCAGCUCUGCAGAACCAGCUGGACCAUAUGCUAAAGCAGCUCGGGGAGAAAGACACGGGACCCGCUGCAGACGUGUUAAACAUCUUGCAGAAGUAUGUGGAAGUUCAGAAACUCGAGUUGAACCUUUUAGCUGAGACCGAUCCGAGCAAGAUUGCAGAGCUGCAGAAACAGCUGAAAAAGUCGAGAGCUGAUCUGGAGGAAGUGAAUGAAAACCUGGACAAACUAGAGUGCCAAGCCGUGAACAACAGCCAAAUAUUGCAUGUUGUGUCACUACAGCAGCAGAUUGAUGAACUCAGGAAUACUGGAGGAUCAAAUUCUUCAUCUCAGAUUCUAGUGUUAGAGACACAGCUGGAAAAGGCGAUGCGCCACCUGGAGGAGAACGAAGACACAGCAUCCAUACUGAUAAAGCCGAUUAUCAGGCUGCAGGAUGAGAUUGUGGAGCUGUACGAGAGACAGGCACUGCUGCUGAUCACACACAUUCAGUUCACAGCUUUUCAGAGUCGACUCGGUGAGAAGGAAAUCCUGCUGUCUGACCUGCAGAAGGAGAAAGAGGAGAAAGGAGAUGACAGAAACAUCAAUGAACAGAUCGAUGCAGUGGAGCAAGAGGUGAGACAGUUAGAGGCAAGGAUGGAUGAUCUGAAAAAAAAUCUCUCUCAGAAACUAGAGCUGGAGAAAGAGCUGCAGGAGAAGAAAACACAGCUGGAGGACAAACUGAAGCAAAUGAAGAAUGAUAGUCAGGAGCUCAUCUCUCAGAUCCUCACUCUGCAGUUGGAGUUGAGGGUGAGACAGAUUGAAGCUCAGGGAGAGAAAAUGGCUGCUCAGACUCAGAUUACAGAUCUUGAGAAGGAGCUGAGUGAGAAAUCAGAGAGGAUUACAGAAUUGCUUGGCCGGAAUCAGUAUUUGGAGGAGAAGAUCGCUGACACGCUGGCAGAAUGCAACGACAAUCAGGAAAAUUACAAUGAAUUAUUAAACAAGGUGGAGAAAUUGACUGCAAAAGUGGAUGAUUCAAACCUGAGGCAGAUUCUGGACAUUGUGUCUCUGAACCAGGAAAUCAACAACCUCGAGGACAGAAUCCGAUCCAAGAUGUCCGAGUCCAAGAGAAAUGAACUACAGAAAGAGCUGAGAGAGAAAAAGGAACAACUCGACUCGAAGAAGAAGGAACUGGAGACAAAUGACGAUCUGAACACCAGGAUAACUCUGAGGAUAAUCUCCGAGUUGGACGAGCUGAGGAAGCUUCAGAAUGAGAAUGUGGGCGUGGACCAAAUCAAAGAUAAGAAAGAUGAAUUGCUCGGGUUGCUCUCUGAACUGGACGACUCAAACCUGGCCAAAAUCAUGCUGAAGAACUUGUUCUUGCUGUCAGAUAUGUCUCAACUAAAGAAAUUCAUAUCACACCUCAAACAGCAGACGGACAAACAGAUGGCAGAACUGCAGGAGGAAGUGAGGAAGAAGGAGAAGCAGCUGAGGAGGAAAACCACAGAACUGGGACAGAAGGACAGUGACGUACCCACGCUGACCAAAGAGAUCAGGGAUUUGGAGGAGGAACUGAAGAACCUUACGAAACAAACAAAAGACCUCGGGAACACUUCGGCAUCACAGCUCAGAGAACUGGAGGAGCAGCUGAAUGAGACCAGGCAGAAGCUGGAGAAAGGGAACAAAGCUCUGCAGGAGAAGGAUGCAGAGUUUGCAAAGAAUGAACUUGAAGAACAGCUGAAUAAAAAGGAGGAGGAACUUUCAGACCUGAAUAACAACAACGCAGAACUUGAAGAGCAGCUGAAGAAAAAGGAGGAGGAACUUUCACACCUGAUUAACAAUACCGCAGAACUUGAAGAGCAGCUGAAGAAAAAGGAGGAAGAACUUUCACACCUGAAUAACAAUACCACAGAUGUGAUCGAUGACAACAAGUGUCUGCAAGAUGAUGUGACGAGACUGAAUGAGCGAGUGAAGGAGCUGGAGAAACUUGAAGAGCAGCUGAAGAAAAAGGAGGAGGAACUUUCACACCUGAAUAACAAAACCACAGAACUUGAAGAACAGCUGAAUAAAAAGGAGGAGGAACUUUCAGACCUAAAUAACAACAACGCAGAACUUGAAGAGCAGCUGAAGAAAAAAGAGGAGGAACUUUCACACCUGAAUAACAAUACCACAGCACUUGAAGAGCAGCUGAAGAAAAAGGAGGAGGAACUUUCACACCUGAAUAACAAUACCACAGAUGUGAUCGAUGACAACAAGCGUCUGCGAGAUGAUGUGAUGAGACUGAACGAGCGAGUGAAGGAGCUGGAGAAACUUGAAGAACAGCUGAAUAAAAAGGAGGAGGAACUUUCAGACCUGAAUAACAACAACGCAGAUGUGAUUGAUGAGAACGAGCGUCUGCGUGAUCUUGUGACGACACUGCACGAGCGAGUAAAGGAGCUGGAGAUGAUGGAAAAUAAGCAACGUUUCCCAGAUGAGGAUUUGUUUGUAAAGAAAAACGAACAACCAGUUACAGAGGAACCAUCCAAGGACAUCAGUGUUGCUUCUCUGGAGUUUGACCUACAGACCGCUCACCGAAGACUCCUGAUCUCAACUGAUGGAAAGACGGCACGUGGUGCUGAGUAUGCAAGCGCCGUACGUGAUAGUCCGAAACGCUACGACACGGUGAUCGCUGCCCUCACAAAAACGGGCUUUACUUCAGGGAGGCACUACUGGGAGGUACUGGUGAAAGACCGUUCAUGCUUCGUGGUGGGCGUAGCGGCUGAAUCAGCACCCAGGAAAGGAGAGAUCAGGUACAAGCCCAGUAAUGGCUACUGGACCAUACUGAGAAAGAAGGACAGGCGACACCAGGCGCAAACCGAACGGCCCUUUACACUCCGCUUCACCGACAAACUCUCCAUCAUCGGGAUCCUCGUCGACUUCACCAAGGGGGAGGUGACCUUCUACAACGUCCAAACCAGAGCAUCCCUCUACAAGUUCAGAGGGAACAACUUUACAGAGAAGCUGUACCCGUAUGUGGCCACCUGCACCGACGAGAAUCCACAGGAAUCGCCCAUCGAGCUGCUGCAGCCUCACUCGCCACUGUGGCUCCAGUAAUGAGCAAACACACAAAUUACCGCUUAAUGCUUCUUUAAAAAAAUGGCCACACUUUUUUAACAUUUGCAUUAUUUUCUAAAAUAAAAACACUUUCAAGUUU